GAACACACGAUCGAAUUAGCGAUAGUGUACUGUUAGUAGUGUCGUGUAAUACGUGCGAUUUAUUUUGGAAAAUUCUUGGUACUCGCAUCAAAAUGGCACUACAGAGAUGUACAAAACACUUAUUUAAUAAUGUUCGCGUGUGUACUAGUCUGAUACAGUCAAUGAAGAUGUGCAGUGGUGGUUCAACUUCAGUAAAUCCAAAACCUGAUGCAGAUACACCAAUAUUUCCUGGGGUUCAGUCCCAGUGGGCAGAAAGCCUUGAAUUAAUUCAUCCUCAUUCAUACAAUAAGUUUCCUGUGUACAGAGUUAUGGACAGGAAUGGCUGCAUCCUCAAUCCUUCAGAGGAGCCUCAGUUGGAGUCAGAGUUUGUGGAAAGGAUGUACCGAACCAUGAUUCUUUUGAACACAAUGGACACAGUUUUGUAUGAGUCUCAGCGUCAGGGUCGCAUCUCAUUCUACAUGACAACAUUUGGGGAAGAGGCUACAUUAAUUGGAAGUGCAGCAGCUCUUGCUUAUAAUGAUUUGGUUUAUGCUCAGUAUCGAGAAACAGGGGUGCUGCUGUGGAGAGGCUUUUCAGUGGAUCAGUUUGUAAGUCAGUGUUUUGGAAAUUGUGAGGAUGAAGGAAAAGGCCGGCAAAUGCCUGUUCAUUAUGGAUCAAAGAAUCAUCAUUUUGUCACAAUUUCUUCACCUCUUACUACACAAUUGCCUCAAGCUGUUGGUUCUGCAUAUGCUUACAAACUUGCAAACAAUGGUCGCUGUGUGAUCGCUUAUUUCGGAGAAGGAGCAGCUAGUGAAGGUGAUGCUCACGCUGCUUUCAACUUUGCAGCCACUUUGAACUGUCCAGUGAUAUUCUUUUGUCGUAACAAUGGUUAUGCCAUCUCUACACCAACCCACGAGCAAUAUAGAGGAGAUGGAAUUGCUGGCCAUGGUCCAGGUUAUGGGAUUACUACUGUUCGAGUAGAUGGAAAUGACACUUUGGCAGUGUAUCAGGUUACUAAGGCAUCACGUGAAUAUGCAGUCAAAGAGAACCGUCCUGUCCUCAUAGAAGCUAUGACAUACAGACUUGGGCAUCAUAGCACAUCAGAUGACAGCAGCGCCUACAGGUCACUUGCUGAGGUUAAAGAGUGGGGCAGCUUGGAUUCACCAAUAUCCAGACUGCGACAAUAUUUAGCACUAAAAGGAUGGUGGGAUGAUGCAAAGGAAAGGAGCUGGAAGGAAGAAACAAGGAAAAUGGUAGUGAAUUCAUUGACAAGAGCAGAGAAAGUUCUGAAACCAGACUGGAAAGAAAUGUUUCAUGAUGUGUACUAUGACAUGCCAGCCCAGCUUUCGUAAGUAUAAAGAAAAACAGUAAGUAGAUAUGGAGGGCUGCACCAUAGCUCAAGCGGUUA